CCGGGUGGCGCCGGGAUGCCCCGGGUGGCGGUGGCGGCCCUAGUGCUGGCAGCUGCCGCGGCAUUCGGCCCGCUGGCCGCGGGUGCGCGGGCCCCGCAGCAGGGCGGCCCCGCGGCCAGGGGGGGCUUCGCCGAGGACUUGCUGAGCCUGUUCGGGGAGAACCGCAGCCUCUCGGCCGCCCAGCUCAACCACCUGCUGCAGACGCUGGGAGCCGCGCGGGAGCAGGGGGCAGCGCUGCAGGGACAGCACCACCUGCACCACAACGAGUGCAUGUCUGGUGAGGACAUCUUUUCACUUCAUGGUUUUCCAAACAACAGCCAGAUAACAAAUCCCAGCUUCUCUGCAAUAUGUCCGGCUGUCUUACAACAGCUGAUUUUUCACCCUUGUGAUAGUUCAUCAAAGCACAAGAACAAAUCUAAACCGACUCCUUCAGAAGUUUGGGGGUAUGGGUUCCUUGCUGUGACUAUCAUCAACCUGGCAUCACUCCUUGGAUUGGUUUUAACUCCUCUCUUGAAGAAGCCAUAUUUCCCCAAGAUUUUAACCUAUUUUGUGGGCUUGGCCAUUGGGACGCUCUUUUCCAAUGCGAUUUUCCAGCUAAUUCCAGAGGCAUUUGGAUUUGAUCCUAAAACGGACAACUAUGUUGAGAAAGCAGUAGCUGUGUUCGGUGGAUUCUAUAUUCUCUUCUUUGUGGAAAGGAUUCUUAAAAUGAUACUGAAGACCUAUGGCCAGACUGGCCACACUCAUUUUGAAAAUCAUGAACAGAAUCCUCCUCAGGCUAAGGGUAAUCCACCCAUACCAUUGAAAUCUAAUAAUGGGAUAACAUGCUAUGCAAAUCCGGCCAUAAUAGAGCCUAAUGGAAACCUCAGUUUUGACACAGUUAGUGUGGUCUCUGCUCAGGAAGAGAAAACCCAAAGCUGCUUAUGUAACUGUUUAAAGGGACCCACAUUGUCAGAGAUUGGAACAAUUGCCUGGAUGAUCACGCUGAGUGAUGCCUUGCACAACUUCAUUGAUGGUCUGGCAAUUGGUGCGUCCUUCACCCUGUCUCUGCUUCAGGGACUUAGUACAUCUAUAGCAAUCUUAUGUGAGGAGUUUCCUCAUGAACUGGGGGAUUUUGUCAUUUUGCUAAAUGCAGGAAUGAGCACCUACCAGGCUCUGUUUUUCAACUUUAUUUCGGCAUGUUCUUGCUACAUUGGUCUGGCUUUUGGUAUAUUAGUGGGCAGCAACUUUGCUCCUAACAUUAUCUUUGCAAUAGCUGGCGGUAUGUUCCUCUACAUUUCUCUGGCAGAUAUGUUCCCAGAGAUGAGCGACAUGCUGAGGGAGAAAGUGACUGGAAGGAGAACAGAUUUAACCUUCUUCCUCAUUCAGAAUGCUGGUUUACUAACAGGAUUUGCUGCUAUACUGCUGAUCACCGUGUAUGCAGGAGACAUUGAGUUGGAAUAAUGAGAUUCUGAAGAUGGCACUGAUAAUGAAGGAUAUUAGUAAAUUAGAAAUGGAAGAACUCUUGAAAUCCAUAAAGGGACUUUAAUUUAA